CUAAUUAUUUUGCCAAUUGUUUAAUUAUUUAAAUUCAAUUAGGAAAAGUACGCCUAAUUAUACUGACAAAAAAAUGUUACAAAUUUUUUUUUUGAUUUUAUGAAACAACUCGAUCAAUUCACAAUAGAUGAAAUGCGAUAUUAAAAUGUCCAUAUAUAAUUAAGCAGCCUUAGUAAAAUCCGAGAACAAGAAUAAGAUGCGUACACUCGCAUAAUUCUGAGAGAUGAAAGAUUUUUUAUUUUAAGCAUAAUGGCUAGUGUCAAAAUACCAAAAUCUGUCACUCUAUCGAAUUUUUAACUAUCCAGUAGGUUUUAUUAGCUCUGGAUUAAUGAAUUUAUAUACUUGCAGGAGUAUGUCCAAUAUGAGUGUUGGGUAAGGCUAGGUGAUCGUCUACACUGCAAUAGUCAUUGUAUGAGAAUGCAUACCUGGGUUGGUCAGCCCAUAUGGUCUUAUCAAUGAGAGAUAUCACUGUCAUUGAGAGACUUUACCCAGCUUUCAUACAAUGAUGCAUAUGUGGUUUUCGUUUGACACGGACCUUGGUUCUUUCCUAUUUUCCGGCUAUGAUGUUUCUACUCUGUGGGGUUUUUUGGCAACUUGCCUCGGCUUACUUUCUCUAGCCAUUAUUUACGAAGUCAUGAAAGUAUUCCAGAUGAAAUUGCACCAGAAAACUGUAUCUGCGCUUGGUCAUGGUAGUUCUGGUAAUUCAGAGAAUUCUUCUCUUCUGACGCAAAUGACGUCAGAAGUUGACACAGAUACUCAUACAAAUUGUAUUAAAUGGACGAGAUGGAUUAUAGAAGUUUUGCACUGGAGUGUACACACGACUCUUGGUUACAUCCUCAUGCUAGCUGUAAUGACUUACAAUGCUUACAUCGGCAUAGCAUUGGUUAUUGGAGCAAGCUUCGGUUAUUGGUUGUUUGGAAUGACCCUUAUAGAAAUGAACAUGGAGCAAUUUCGUAAGGCACGGAAUAAAAUCGACAAAUGUGAUCCCGAAUGUGCAGAUGUAAUUGGGAUCGGAGAACGACGAGGUUCAACGACAUUGAAUGCUGUAGAGCAUAUGGUGACUGAGGUGAACGCGGAAAUACACUCGGCGAGUUCAAGUUAAUUAAGAGAGAACAAAAAUAAGAGGAAAAACAUUGGUGUCUUCAUCAAUGGUGAAAAAUAAGCAAUAAGUCUGACCUAACAAUAAUAUUAAUUAUAUGAAUAAUAUGUUCCGCGUGUUUUUGAAACCAAAGCACUCGACUUUCAUUAUUAUCGUGUGGGCAUUUUUCAAAUUGUUUUUACAAUGGAACAAAUUGAAUUUUUUUACAACACCGUGCCCAAGUGUUCGUGUAAAUAUUGGAUGAAAGAAUAUGAAAAUACAGUAUAUUUAUUUUUGUAAGAA